UAUUCAAUCAUCUCUGCAGUGCUUAGAAUUUCCCUCUCUCUCUCAUCACUUCAAUCGGGGUGUGUACGUACAUACUGUGCACGCCAUCGUCUCUGCGGGAUUUAGCUGUUAGGGUUCGCGAUCGGAAGAAUGGAGAUGGUGGAACGUGAACGCUUGGCUUUGCAACACCCCGACGAUUCCGCGGUGGAUAAGUCCAUGCACAAUGAGGAUGUUGAGGGUUCUGCCAGUGUGCCUGCGUCUGCUAAUGAGUCCCUGGAUAAUAAUAAUAAGAAUGGUUCCAAUUCCUCAUGUAUUGAGGAUGCAAAUGAUGGGGUUUGUGAGGAUUUAUUGCGCAAUGACGAUGUGGUUUGUGAGAGUGAAUACAGUGAUGAAGAGGGUGACUAUGCGUUUGCCUAUGACAAUGAUGAUGACAACGAUGAUGAUGAUUCUGAUUACCUGAGAAUGCAAGCUCAAUUUGACAGUGUUGAUUUGCCUGCUGGGGUAGAGGCGUCUGUGCCUUGGUUGAACGAACCUACUCCUAGCUCAACUGUUGCCACUUCUGUUUCUGCACCCCAAGAUUGCUCUUCAGGUCAACCUGCUGGUGUAGGGACAUCUGCGAACUUCAUAUCUCAACCUGUUGGAACAAACAUUGAGUCUUCAGGCAGUUCUGCAGGACAGACUUCUAGUGGGAAGUGUGAUGAUCAAAAUGGUGAUGGUAAUGAAGUCAUAAGAAAAUAUCAACAUUUUAAACAUUUUGAUCUUGUUGAUGAUUCCUCAGACCACCACUACUACAAUAUGGACGUCAAGGGGCAGCGGCCGAAGGCAUGGUUGAAGAAAAUUCAGGACGAUUGGAAGAUUUUGGAGAGUGAUUUACCCGAUUCCAUAUAUGUGAGAGUAUAUGAAAAAAGGAUGGAUCUUCUAAGAGCGGUCAUUGUUGGACCACAAGGAACUCCCUAUCAUGAUGGUCUUUUUGUGUUUGAUGCCUUUUUCCCUGAUGCAUAUCCUGAUAAACCACCAAUGCUUUACUAUUACUCUGGUGGCUUGAGACUGAAUCCUAAUCUGUACGACUCUGGAAAAGUCUGCCUCAGCCUUCUGAACACUUGGACUGGUCAAGCUACUGAGAUCUGGCAGCCAAAACAAUCAACCAUGCUGCAAAUUUUAGUAUCUAUACAAGCUUUAAUUCUAAACGCGAAGCCAUUCUUUAAUGAGCCUGGGUAUGAAAGUAGUUAUGUUGGUGUUAAGGGGGAGCAAAAGUCCAAGGAAUACAAUGAAGAUGCGGUUGUCCUCUCCUUGAAAACAAUGAUGUAUACGCUUCGAAGGCCCCCAAGGAAUUUCGAAGACCUUGUUAUUGGUCACUUUCAGACGCAUGCACAUGAUAUCCUGUCAGCAUGUAAAGCCUACAUGGAGGGUGCUGCAGUUGGUUCUGUAGUCAAGGGAGAAAUCCAGGGCAAUGAUGGAAGUGGUGGCUCAGCAAAAUUAAAGGAAGAUGUAUCUAAAAUGAUGAAUGGCCUUAUUUCAAAUUUCACUAAAAAAGGUGCCAAGGACUGUGAGAAGUUCAGACUGGCCAGCUGAUAGAUAGGAGGAGCAUUAUUCUGAUUAGGGUCGUUUAAAGUUCAUAGUUUGCAAUUUGUAAUGCUACUUGAUGUACUCUCCCUCCUUAACUGCGUAGAGUAGUAGGUGGAAUAUGAUCUUCUACUGCUACUGCAACUGCAUUGCAUAUCUUAAUAUGCAAACAAACAUUUUAGCUGAAUCUUUACAAGGAUGCAAAGAUUUUUCAAUAUUGCUC